AAUGCCCUAGCAACGCGCCUGGUGACAGCGGUGCCUUCAGUUCCCGCUCCUACUGAGGAGUGGGCGGCCGCAGCGGCCUCAUGACCCCGGCGCUCCUCAAGCUGCUGGUGCUCUCCUGGCUUCUAGUGGCAGGGGGAGCCAGGGCCCAGAUCCAACCCUCGCCCACCGGGGAAGCGCCCACCUCGGCAGGAAUGGAGGCCCCGGGAGGGACUCCCGGCGCCACGCCGCCGGGGGCGGACCUCCAGGAGGUGUCCCCGUUGCAGCGUCUGACAACUGUGACCCCGGAGCCCUUGUCCGAUGAAGAGCAGCUGGAGCCCGUGGUGAGGACUGCCUGGGAUACGAGCCUAACCGCGCGCUAUUUCUUUUCUUUGUACCAACUUGCCACAGUCUGUAUGUGUGACUUGACGCCGAAAUCCUGCGAUCUGAACUGCUGCUGCGACAAGGAUUGCAACAUGCCGAAGCUCAGCAUUUUCUUCUCCUUCUGCCUGCCCGAGAGCUACCAGAUACAGUAUUGGGAAUGUAUAGAUAAUUCCGUUAUGUUCCACAGUAAUGCUCCAUAUAAUGUAAGAACUUUCAUGAUACCAAAUGGUGGUCUAAAAUUUUGUGUCCAGUUGUACAACCCAUCAUUGAACUACUUCGAUGGCUUUGUAGAGGUUAGUGAUACCACCAUAAAGUCCUUCAUCAGAGAUUAUGCAGGUUUAUCAUUCUUCUCAGCACCUCAACUGAGGCCAACUUUUUCCACUUUUUACAAGGCGGGAGAUCCCAUUCUGACAUAUUUUCCCCAGUUGUCAUUACUGAGUUUAUUCAGACAGCCAACAGUACUAGGACCUGGAGGACUUUGCACUGAGAAUAAUCCUGCGAGAUUCUUGGAAAGUGGAAGUACCAUCUGUAUCCGGUUCUUUAGCAAUCUAACAAGUAGCUGCACCACUGAUCCUUCACUCAGGGCCACCUCUUACCAUAAUUUCACAGUCUUAAAGAUUCCAGAAGGUGUGAUGGAUCUGGAGAAGAUGCAGGUGCCCAUAACAGUGACUUCUGAGCCCAUUACACCUCGGCUAGAAGGAAAUGCCUGUCAUAAUGUUGUUUCUCAGGUUAUAUAUGAAAUAGAAACCAAUGGGACUUUUGGAAUUCAGAAGAUCUCUGCCUCUUUCAUCCUGACGAACCUAUCUGGAGAUCCAGGAGCUUCUGUACAGCAGCACUUCACUCUACGUUUCCAUACUUCACACCGUAGAAGAACUGGUCUUCCUUUGGCUAGAAGUGGGAAUCCUGGCUAUAUUUUUGGAAUGCCCCUUCUUAUUUUAAAAGAUGAUACCAGUGAACCAAUGACUAUUUCACAGAGCCACAGUAAUGGAAGUUGCUCUGUGAAUAGACGAACAGUUGAAUUUGGGAUGAACAUGAUGAGUGGUUGCAAGUUCAGGGUAGAGAACAGAAAUUGUGAACGUUUGCAGGAUGAGAUCUAUAAUAUUCUUGGUGGAACAUCCAGUCCAGUAUACCUAGGCAUUGUGGGUAAUUCAGAGCCAUUCCACCCAGCACAUUGGGUCCAGGUCUUCACCAAGAAUUGCAAUGAUCAGGAUAACAAUUGUACCUCUUGCUGUUGCAUACCAUUUUCCUUGGAGAUACAGAUAUUAUGGGCUUAUGUAGGCCCCCAGUCCAACCCACAAGCUAAUGUGUUAGGAGGCCGGUACCUGUAUCAGUGCAAAUGUAUAAUGUAUCCCUUACAUAUGAUAGAACUAUCUUUGACAACCUCUGUGUCCUUCACUGACAUCACAAAGAAGCCGGAGUUUACAAAGAGCGAGCUAGAAACAGACUGGACACUGCCAUUUGCCUCGCCUUUUGCCUCUAAUGGGGCAUCAAGUAGAGAAAUGGGAUCUCUGAGAAGCUGGAGUACUCCUCUUGUCUUCUGUGUGGAUUAUUAUGGAACCUUCUCAACUUAGAGAUGAACUGAAGAAAGGAGAAUCACAUUUCAUUCUUGCCAGUGAGGGUUGGCCAAUUCCUGUUCAUUCAUUAUGACCAAGGAAAAAUGUUUCCCUCAAUGAUGGCACAGGAGGAAAGGAAUCUUUAUGUAUUGUGGCGUUUCAGAAAAGAAUUCCCUCAACUCAAUUCUUUCUAGUAAAGCUCCAGAUGAGUGGCGGCAAGGCAUAGUACAUGGCUAGACUGGGAGUGUGAAAGGACUUUAACCUCUUACCAUGUGUUGGCUGAGUGAUCCCGGGCAGCUUUUGUGUCCUUCCUGCACCCUGGGAAGCACUCUGCGGUUCCCAAGCUGCACAACAGUUGCUGAUCUUCACUGGUAUUGGAAUUUUUCUACAAAGGUCUGACGCAGGAAAACAGUAUUUAGGCAUGGUCUUAAGCAGAAAGGAGCUAAAUCACCUUCUGAAGGAGAAAGUAAACUUCUAGGUAUUCAAAUCCAUAUUCAAAUCAUCUGUUACAGGAAUAGAAAUGAGUUAAAAUGUUUACUCAACGUAAACUUGACAGUUACUGUCAUGAAGUACAAAAACACUCAAGAGUUCAUAACAAAGAAGUGUUGACACCCCGUCUUGGCUCCAUUAUGGGCUACACUUUUUUGCCAAUACAAAAAUGAGAAAGGCAAUUCUCUUUUCUUUCUCACAUUGUUUCUGGAGCAUACUCUUCAUUCACUUUUUCAGCAGUUAAGGACUAUAUUGUUUGUCCACCUCUUCCUUUCCCCCAAGGUCAGGGAAUACAGAAGUGAUUUAGUAUCUGGGUGUUGCACUAAUUUCCCAGGAUUUAGGUUUAAUCCUGACUCUACUCCUUAUUGAUUAAUUACCUUUGUUGCCUUCUGCAAGUCACUUAACCUAUCUAAGUUGUAGUUUCCAUAUCUUUAAAAUGAAGAAGAUUGAAAUAAGACUUCUCAUGUCCUAGCUCUAAAAUCUAUGUUCCUAGAUUUCUAAAGUUGAAGUAAUCAUCUCCAGUGGAGAGUGCCCUGGGAUCUGUGCUUGGUCCUUGGCCAUUUAGCCCUUUUUGUCAAUUACUUGGAUAAAGUCAUAGAUGAUAUGCUUACCAAAUUUUCAGUCUGCAUAAAUCUUGGAGAAAAGCAAACAUAUUGCAUGAUUGAGUCAGGAUCCAAAAAGAUCCUAACAUCCUAAAACAUUGGGCCGCAUCUAUUAAAAUAAAAUUUAAUAGGGCUAAAUUAAAAUUUUACAUGGAUCAAAAAAAACCCCAAACACAACAACUAGCUUUAUAAGAUGUGGGAGACAUGGCUAGAGAGCAAUGUAUUUAUAAUAAUAAAAACCAACAGCAGCAAGGUAUAGGAAGAGAAAUUUCACUCAGAAUAGCUACAAAAUGCAUAAAAUAAAGGAAUUAACCAACCAACACAAAAGUAAUAUAUACAGAAAUGAAGCUCAAUAUGAGUCAACAGUGCAUAUAAUAUGACAGUGCUCCUUGCCCCCAAAAAGCUAAUAUUAUCUUAGGCUUCCUUAAGAGAGGCAUAGCCUCCAGAAAUAAGUGUAUGUGGAAAUGGGUUUUUUUGGCACUUAAAUUUAGAAUAAAACCAAUACUUUUUUAAAAAACUACUUAAUGUUCAUAUUUUUUCCUAUUCUGCUUUCUACAUCUCUUCCUUUUAUUCUCUCAUCUCCCAUUCACUUUUCUCAACCCUUUGGAGUCUGACUUCUAUCCCCACCAUUGAACUAAAACUAAGGUGACCUCUCCAAGGUCACCAAAGAACUCUUCCUUUGACCCUCAGUCCUCACCCUUUUUUAUUUUUCUGCACUCUUUGACACAGUUUACCAUCUCCGUCUUGAAUAUUCUUUUUUUUAUUUUUUGAAUAUUCUUUUCUUUCUGGUUAUGAAGGAGUUAAGAAUAAUGCUGAGAUUACGAACUUGAAAGGCCAGAAGAAUGAUAGUGCCUUUAACAAAAAUGGGACAUUUGGAGUUCAAAUCUGGUUUCAGAUACUUGACACUUACUAGCUGUGUGACCCUGGGCAAGUCACUUAACCCCAAUUGCCUUACAAAAAAAAUUUUUUUUAAAUAAAAAAAAUGGGACAUUUGGAAGAACAGUGAGUUUUAGAGGAAACAUGAUGAACUCUUCCUCCUAUGUAUUGGGUUUGAGAUGUCUCUAGGACAUCCAGAUUUAAAUAUCUAAUAGCCAAUUGGUGAUGUGGAACUGAAGCUCAAGGGAAAGAUGUGUUGUAUAUAAUAGAAAAGUAAGUUAUCUGCACAGAGAUAAUAUUAAAUCAGUAGGAGCUAAUGAGGUCACUAAGAGAGACAAUGUAGAGAGAGAAAAAAAUCCCAAGAAAGAGCCUUAGAAAUUAAUCAUAGUUAGGGGUCAUGGUAGAGAUAAGUUAGUAAAUGAGACCAAAAGCAGACAGGAGAACCAGGACCAAAUAGUGUCACAAAAACCCAGGAAAAAGAGUACUCUGGAGGAGAGAGAAGUCAACAGUGUUGAAUGACACUUGAAAAGGUUGAAAAGACUGAAGUCUAAGAAAAGACUGAAUUUGUCAAUUAAGAAAUCACUGGGAAGGAGCAGAGACAAGAUGAUAAAGAAAAGGCAGAGACUCUUCUGAGUUUUUCCCCAAACUUUAAAUAAUGCCCCAAAACAAAUUCUAGAGGAGCACAACCCCUAAAAGGAUGGUAUGAAAGAAUUUUCUACCCAAAGACAAUUUGGAAGAUCAGUAGGAAAGAUCUGUUGCACAGGGGUAAGAAUGGAGUGCAGUCCAGCUCAGGCUGAGACCCAGAAAACUGGCACUGGGGCUUGAGGGCAACUCAAUCAAUGGCAACAGUGACAUUUCCAGACCUCACAGCCCAUAGACAAUAAGGGAAGCUCAAAAAACAAACUCCAAACUGCUACAUUCAAAGUCUCAAAGAAAAAUAUGGAUUGGUCUUAGGCCAUGGAAAAGCUCAAAAAUGGCUUUUAAAAUCAAAAAUCAAAUAAGAGAGAUAGAGGAAAAAUUAGAAAAAUGAGAAUGA